GAGGUGUGUACGGGAAGUGUGCUUGUAAGCUGGUGUGCCGCGUGAAUACCAAGGCACCGAGGCGUGCCUCUGCCGUGACGGCCUUCCGUCGGGUUCCGCUCUGAGGAUCGGGUGAGGGGUCUGUGAGAGAGACUGGCUGUGACGCGAAGAGACGCCAACGACAGCGCCCCAUAGCAGGGUGUCUGCAACGCGCCCGGGUUUGCCGAGCGACGCGCCGUCUGCCAGGGCCGAUUGGCGCGCGCGCGUGUGCGCGAGAGGGGCGGCGCGCGCAGCGGCGGAGGGAGGGUGGCAGUGAGGGGAGGCGGCGGCAGGCCCAGCCCCCGGUCGCAGCGCUCGGGGCGGCUCCUCAGCGAGCCUGGGACCGCGGCGCUCCAGCCGCCGUGCGCUGGCGUUGCUCCCGGCCCGUGCCGCGCCCUCCCGCGUCUGCAGCGGGGUCGGCUUCCUGCCCGCCCAGACGCCGCUUCUCCCUGGCUCCUGGUCUCGGUUCCGCGCAGAGGGAGAGGAAAUGAGUGCGGCGGCGGCGCCGGAGCGAGGUUGGAAGAGCGAGAAAGUGGACGAGGCUCAGGCCCUGGCGCGGAGUUGCGCUGCCCGCAGACCGGACUUCCAGCCGUGCGACGGGCUCUCCAUCUGUGCCACGCACAGCCAUGGCAAGUGCUUCAAGCUGCACUGGUGCUGUCACCUAGGAUGGUGUCACUGCAAAUAUGUGUAUCAGCCCAUGACCCCUGUGGAACAGCUUCCAAGCACUGAGAUUCCUGCUAGGCCUUGGGAACCCACAAACACCAUUCAGAUCUCAGUCUCACUCACUGAACACUUUUUGAAAUUUGCAUCCAUCUUCCAGCCUCCCCUUCCCCCUGACUCACCAAGGUACUGUAUGAUUUCAGACCUCUUCAUUGACAACUAUCAGGUUAAAUGUAUUAACGGGAAGAUGUGCUAUGUGCAGAAGCAGCCCACUCCACAUUCCCACAAAAUGAGCCCCGAGGAGGUCUCUGCACACGAUGCCUUAAUUUCAAAAGAGAGCAAUACACCAAAAAUAGAUCACUGCUCUUCUCCCUCAAGUUCAGAGGACUCCGGGAUCAAUGCGAUUGGGGCUCACUAUGUGGAAUCGUGUGAUGAGGACACAGAAGAAGGAGCAGAACUCAGUUCAGAGGAAGAUUACAGUCCGGAGAGCAGCUGGGAACCGGACGAGUGCACCCUUCUCUCCCCUUCGCAGUCUGAUCUGGAGGUGAUUGAAACAAUAGAAACCACCGUGUGAGAGACCUGGUGAAGCCACAGCCUCUGAUCCAUGCUGAGCUUUUGUACUUUUGUCUGACGAAUCCUUUUUUUCCAAUGCAGUUGAUAUUUUCUACCCCUCUCUAACAACCAUAGCAGUUCAGUGGUCUGCUGAUUAGCUUCACUCUUUAAAUUAGUCUUAUACCUAAGACAUUCUUUUUAUUAUAAGCAGUUUUCUUUUGUAUCUUAACUUACUUUCUAUGUAGCAACUGGUGUCAUGAGUUGUGAGCCAGCCUUAAUUUUAAUGGGAACUUUGCAAGCAAUGAGGCGGUGAUUACAAUGUCAUGGAUCAGACUGAGGAGCUCCCUGGAGUGAAGGAGACAGUAUUUUCUAAAGAACCACACCUUCACUGGAAAACUCUCGGCAUUCCUUUGGUGUGCUCACAGGCACCCCUAUCUGUGAGUCCCACUUGCACAUCAGCUGAGGGGAACAGAGUAUGCCAUGGGGACAUGCCAUCCACCCCCUGCCUCCCCACUGGCCUGCCUCCUAUCACCUGUACCGGGUCUGGGCCAGGGCUCUUCGGCUUGCUUCUGGGGGGUCACUGGAGGCCAGCCCUGCCCCUGGCUGUGACCAGUGUCUGCACAAACAUCCAUGACUUGGGGUUGAGCUAAACCUUCACUUGGAGAGAUGAUGUCUUCAAUUUCAUGCUCAGUCUAGCUUCAGCUGAGCACCUUUGCUUGGCAGGGUGCUGUGAGGAUACAGAAUGAAUAAGACCUGGGUCCUGCCCUGAAGGGACCCACACCCAAUAGAGGAGGUAACUACGCAUUACAGGUGAUGGUACCCAGAACACUCUGGGAACCCAGGGAAAGGAACGAUGGACUCAGCCUGGGCUGGCUGCGGAAGGUGUUGCAGCACUUCAGCUGGUCUCUCAUAUGGGUUCCCCAACAUUUCCCCUGCUUUUCUUAACUGUUCUUCAAGUCUGGGAAACUUUGAGGAAGUCAUAUAGGUAUUCUCUGUAGGAGGCAGCCACAUCUGAAGUCUUAAAAAAAAAAAAAAAAGAAAAAAAAAAAGAACGGAAAACAAAUACAAAUCACGAAUAGUUUUAGUUA